AUGCAACUAAGUCGCUUCAAAGACGAAGCAGCUGGCUGUCCUUCGGCGGCGGAUGUCUUGAUGGGACUGAGCGCAUCACAGCUGAACCGCGUCUUUAAAGCCUACGGUGAGGAGCGCUUCUCUGGCCGCAUCGCCAAGGCGGUGGUUGAGUGUCGCAACACCCUCGGUCCCAUUCGCUCGACCAAACAGUUGGCCGACCUCGUGGCGUCGGUUGUCAGUCCUCUAAACCAAAGACAGAAACGAAGUAUUCGGUCCGGAAAUGAAGAAGAGAAUGACGAACGUACGAGCAGCCACGUGGCGACUCGUAUAUUCCAGGCCCUGCGAAUUUUCGUCAAUGAUGAACUUAACGAGCUGUGUUGUGGGCUCGAGGCAGCACAUAGGCUGCUUCGGGGGCCGUCUCCAGAUGCUCCGGCCGGCCGCGCUGCAGUGAUCUCCUUCCACUCGCUGGAGGACAGGCUAAUUAAACGAGCGUUUGCUAUGAGUGGCUGCAAUGGCUAUGGUCUUGCCCAGCGCCUAGCAGAUUCCUCGCUUGAAAGUGGGAGCUUCCUAUCAACCGACCAGACCUCCACAUUGUGGCGCCAGAUCGCUGGUCCUUUGCGCCCAUCAGGUGAAGAAGUUCAACAAAAUAGACGAAGUCGAUCAGCAAAACUGCGUAUUGGUGAAAAGGCGUCAACCUAUUAG